AUGACUCCCCCCUAUCAUCACUGUACGUAUUCUCAAACAUCUCUGCCAGUCUGUGAAGAAACAAGUUGCUAUCCAGCCGUAGGAAAUUUGCUGGUUGGUCGAGAAAAACAUCUUUACGCUUCUUCAACCUGUGGACAACAGAAAAAGGAACAUUUCUGUAUUGUUAGUCAUUUAAAAGAAAAGAAGAAAUGUUUUAGUUGUGACUCUAGAAAUCCUGGAGAAUCUCAUGAAAUUGAAAAUGUUGUUUCUAGGAUUGGAGGUAAUAACUCGAAAUGGUGGCAAGCAGAAAAUGGCAAGGAAAAUGUUACGAUACAGCUGGAUUUGGAAAUGGAGUUUCAUGUCACACAUCUCAUCAUCAUUUUUAAAACAUUUCGACCUGCUGCCAUGCUUAUUGAAAAGUCUCAUGACUUUGGAACAACAUGGAGAGUGUACCACUAUUUUGCCAACAACUGCACAAAGUCAUUUCCAGGAAUACCAACUGGGUCUAGACAGAGGGUGACUGAUGUAGUCUGUGACUCCCUCUACUCUGGGGUUGAUCCAUCCACAGGGGGAGAGGUUAUAUUUAAAGUUAUACCUCCUAAUAUUCAAGUGGAUGACCCAUAUAGUCUUGAAGUUCAGAAUUGUUUGAAAGUGACCAACCUGCGAAUCAACUUCACGAAGCUCUAUUCACUUGGUGAUAAUCUUUUGGAUUCAGUAAAACCAAAUAAAAUGAACUAUUAUUAUGCUAUUUAUGAAAUAGUGGUGAGAGGGAGAUGUUCUUGUCAUGGACAUGCUAGUCAUUGUGUAGCAAAACUUGGCCAACCUACAGGGCCCGAUAUUGUUUAUGGAAAAUGUAUGUGCACUCACCACACAAAAGGAUUUAACUGUGAACAUUGUGAAGACCUGUACAAUGAUAUACCUUGGAAACCUGCAAUAGGAAACCAGACUAAUGCUUGUAAAAAAUGUAAUUGCAAUGAACAUGCUACAAGAUGUCACUUUGACCAGGCACUAUGGGAUUCAACUAAUAAAGUGAGUGGAGGGAUAUGUGAUGGUUGUCAGCAUAACACGAUGGGUCAAAAUUGUGAACAAUGCAAACCUUUUUUCUACCAUGAUCCUACACUUGAUGUAACUCAUGUAAAUGUUUGUCAACCAUGUGACUGUGAUCCUCAUGGCUCCUUGGAUAAGGGUAACUGUGAACCUGUAAGUGAUCCUGCAGCUGGGAUUGUUGCAGGAUUUUGUCACUGUAAAAACAAUGUUGAAGGAAAAUGCUGUGAUCAUUGCAAAACUGGAUUUUGGAAUUUCCAGCCUGAUAAUCCUGAUGGCUGUGAAUCAUGCAGGUGCAAUAUAUCUGGGAUUAUUGGAAACCCUGAAUGUAAUGAGUUUACAGGAGAGUGUACCUGUAAGAAGAAUGUUGUUGGAAGAGAUUGUAGUCAGUGUUUGCCUGAGUUCUGGGGGUUUAGUUCUGAUGAAUUAGGCUGUAAACCAUGUGACUGUGACUCAGGUGGAGCAUAUGAUUAUAAAUGUGAUGUAAUAAAUGGUCAGUGCCAUUGUCGACCUCAUGUAAAUGGACGUCGCUGUGACCGCCCAUUGUCACGUUACUUUGUUGGAAAUCUAGACUAUGUAAUAUAUGAAGCUGAACUUGCAAGAGGUUGCCAAAACUGUCAAAUGAAUAUCAGAGAACCAGAAUCAGAUAAAGAACCAACAUGGACUGGACUUGGUUUUAUGACGGUUUAUGAAGGUUCCAGCCUCAGGUUUAACAUUACUUAUAUUCCUCAAACACUGGAGUAUGGUAUUGUGAUUCGUUACGAGCAACAGCUUCCUUUAGACUGGGAGAAGGCAGUAGUUUACAUUGAGAAAACAAGUCAUAUUGAUCAUGUGGGACCAUGUGCUAAAACACAAUUAUUGGAUGAGAAGAUAUUCUCAUUAUCUUCAAGUGAAAUAUACACUUUGAUAUAUCCACCAGUUUGUCUGGAAAAAGGAGAAAAUUACCAGGUUCAUCUUGAGCUAACUUACUACAAUAUGCAAAAAGACCGACCUCAAGCAUUUGUUUUUAUUGACUCGAUUGUUCUGCUACCAAUGAUUGACAGAAUUCCAUUUUUUCAAGAAAAUGCUCUUGGAAAACAGAAUUAUGAAGAAUUUAAAAGUUUUCAGUGUGAUGAGGUUUUUUUAGCUGUUUCACAAAAGGAGCCAGAUGAGGCAUGCAAAAAGUUCCUUUACAGCAUUGGCUUCUUUGUGUUUGGUGGAAGUAUAAAGUGUGACUGCAAUGUCAGUGGGUCGAUGAGUGAAGAAUGUGAUCCUUUAGGAGGUCAGUGUCAGUGCAAGCCUAAUACUGUUGGACGGCAAUGUGAUCGAUGUGUUCCUGGUACAUACGAGUUUGGCGAAAAAGGAUGUAAAUCUUGUGACUGUCACACUGCUGGUUCUUUGGACAAUAUUUGUGACAUAGAGACAGGACAGUGCCAUUGCUAUGGUAAUAUCUCUGGUCAGCAGUGUAACAAAUGCCUAUCUGGAUUUUGGAACUACCCAAACUGUGAAGUUUGUGAGUGUAAUGGUCAUGCAGAUUCCUGUAACUCUAAGACUGGAUCAUGUUUGAACUGUGACAAUUUCACCACAGGUUCAAGAUGUGAUAGGUGUGUUACAGGUUACUUUGGUGACCCUUUAAUUGGAAUAAACAUUGCAUGCCAACCUUGUCUUUGUCCUGGAACAAUAGAUAGUGGAUUUAGUCAUGCUCAAGACUGUGAGUUGGAUAGGCAAAGUCAGAAACCUAACUGCCAUUGUGAGGAAGGCUACAAAGGUGAAAAGUGUGAAAACUGUGCUGACAACUUUUAUGGAAAUUUAACGGUGGCUGGUGAAAAAUGUCAGAGAUGUGGAUGUAAUGAUAACAUAAACACUACUGUUCCAGGAAGUUGUGAUCAGUUAACAGGAGAAUGUCUUCUUUGCAUUUUCAAUACAGAAGGUCAAAAUUGUGAGUACUGCAAAAAAGGAUUUUAUGGAAAUGCUACCCAGCAUAACUGUCAAGUUUGCAUGUGUAAUUCUUUGGGAACUGACCCUAGUGCUGAACAUUGCAACUCAACAACUGGCCAGUGUGUGUGCUUGCCCAAUGUUGUUGGUCAAACUUGUGAUAAGUGUGAUGUUAAUCAUUGGAAUUUUGGCAGUGAUGAAGGGUGUAAACCAUGCAAUUGUGACCCACAGGGGUCAGUAUCAGAUUACUGCAAUGUGUUUGAUGGCCAGUGCCACUGUAAGAAAGGAUAUGGUGGUAGAACAUGUAGUAAUUGUGAAGAACACUACUGGACUAAUGAAGAAAUUGGAUGCAUGCCUUGUGAUUGUGAUUUUGAGGGAUCUGCUACCUUGGAGUGUAGAAGAAAUGAUGGAACAUGCUUCUGUAAGAAGGGGGUUGUUGGAAAGCGGUGUAACCAAUGUGCACGAGGAUAUAUAGGAGUAGUGCCAAACUGUAAAAACUGUGGAGAGUGUUUUGAACAAUGGGAUUAUAUGAUACAAGAUUUAAAAAAUCACACAUUAAUGUUGAUAGAAGAAUUCAAGGAAGUAAAUGACACUGUCACAACAGUUGUUAACACAAGGGAGUUUGAAGAUGUGGCAGAAAAACUGCAAGAAGUGCAGCAACUUUUGGAUGGAGAAAAUGUAACGGACCUAGAUACAAGGGAAAUGGAAACUUUUGUAGAGUUAAAAUACAACUUUACCAUUCAGUUAGAAGAUGUCGAGCUUGAGGCAAACAUCACUACACAAAGAAUCUCAGAUACUAAACUUGCUUUAAUGGAUGUGAGAGAGCAAGGCAGUAUACUAGAACAAGAUGUAAAAUACAUGAAGAGCUAUUUUACAAGGCUGCAUCAAGCGGAUGUUGAAGGAACUUUCAAUGUUGUUUUGAGAGCUGGAGAAAAAUCUGAGUUAGCAGAAAAUAGAAUAAAUGCUGCUCAAGAUGUCCUUAAUGAAUCUGCUCUAAGGAGAAAUCGGACAGAGUUGUUGAUUGAGAAGAAAAAAGUGGACUUGGACAAAACAUAUGCUGAGAAUAAAUCAGCUUUGAAAAAUAUUUCUAACGAAGCAUACAACAUUUUAGAAGCUGAGAUUUCAUACAUUAAUACACUAGUGUGUGAUGGGAUGGGAACUGUGGAUAACUGUGACUAUUUAUGUGGUGGGAUUGGAUGUGACAAAUGUGGAGGAAAGGGAUGUGACAAAGCAGCCAUUACAUUAGCCACAAAUGCACUUGACUUGGUCAAGGAAGCACAGAACAAUAUAAACUGGAAAGAAACAGCAGUAACAGAUUUAUUAUAUGAGCUAGUGAACUUGAAUGGACUGUCUGUUGAAACAUUGAAAGUAGCCAGAGAGGCCUAUGAACUAGUUAAGAAUGCUAAAUUUCAAUCAGAAAAUUCUCCAGAGAUUGAUGGUCUGCUGAGUCGUAUUGAGAAUUUGUUUGAUAGUGAUGGAGCACAGCUUACAGGAACAAGAGAUGUAUUGGAGAAAGUGAAGCUCUUGUCAUCUGAGUGUCUCAACCUGAAAAUGUCACUUGGCCCAGAGAAAAUUGAGGAACUGGCUGAUGAAAUCAAUGGGAUGGGUAAAAAUUUGAGCAAUAUUGAUAUUACUUUGAUUGCUACAACUAAUGAGUAUAAAGGAUCAGAACUACAGAAAAGAGCACUCAAAACUAAAAAUGACACUGAUGCCAUCUUGGAAGUAGCCAAAACAAAAGUACUUGAUGAAGCCAAUGACAUGCUAGAACAUGUUGCAACAUUUAUCGAUAAAGGCAAGGGCCACAUGUUAACUACAGAGAAUGUUCUUGUAGAGAUGGAGAACCAAACUCCAGAAAUAAAUGCUGUAAGUGUAAACUUGACAAGGAUUGUUGAAAGUUUGGAAGAAAAAAGUGAUGAACUCCACAAAAAUUACUCAACAAAUGAAUAUUUCUUAAACAAAGCUGUAGAAGAAAUGGAAAGUAUACCAGAAUUGGCAGAAACAGCAGAAAAUGAUGCUGAACUUUUAGAGGAAGAAUGCAAUAGAGCAGAAAACCUUUUGAUUCAGAAAGAAUUAGCUCUUAAUGAGAAGAGAAAUCUUAAAGAAAAACUGAAGAAAAAGGCUAUUGAACUAGCUGACUUUGCAACAAGGAAUUAUCAUGAGUUGUUAAGUCUAGAAAGUGAAUUCAAGAGAAACAACCAAGCACUGAAAAAUUACAAAGAUGUGUUUCACAGACUUUUACAAGAAUGCGAAGAUGCUAUUGCAAUGAUAAGAAAAAAAAAUAGCUUGUACAGAAUGUGCACUUAAAAUGUUGCCUGAUCAAAGUCUUUGUAUUAAUCUUGUUUGAAUUUGGUGAACUGAGAAAUAGUUGACUUGUGUAGGACAGCAGAUAUGCUGCAUGUUAGUUCAAAAAGAUGAUUCAGGUAUAUAUAUAUUCUAGUUAUAAUAAUGAUGCAUUUGAAACACAUGUAUAAAACUUUUUUUUCAAUGAUUGCAGAAUAGUUUGGCAAUUAUAUGAUGCAAGACUAAAUAUUAUUCUUAAACACUUGUGCUCUGUGGUUGAUACACAGCAGCAGGUACCACUUGUCUUCAUAGUUGGCAAAACCUUAUAGACAUCAAAUGUUGAUCACAACUGAUAGUCACUUAAGCAUAAAUUGAAGUACAUGCAAAGACUAUGAAUGGGAAUAUCUUGUGAUGAUGAAGUUCAUAAGAUGUACACAGCUUGAACUCUCUUUGGGGGAGGAAUAAAACAUUUACAUAUCUUUGCUAUUAAACAUUAAAAAACGUGAUUUUUGUAUUUAAAAUCUGUAAUUCUGAUAUCUUUAGAGUAACCUGAAUUGUGCUGCCACUUAUUUUUCAUUAAGUUAAAGUAAAAAUUUACAAUCUGUUCAUAUUUUCCUGAUGACUUUGUGCAGCAGUAAAAAAAUAAGGUAAAUUCCAAAGUAUUUUUGGUUCAGCUGUGAUCAUUACUUUAAUCAUGUAGGCAAAAACAGAUUGUUAAAGAUUGAAAUUAGUUAUUAUUUAGUGUUGCUCAAUGUGCAUUUCCUUUUAUUUAGAAACUUAUAAGCACGUAUCAAAUUUUUUCAACAAUGAUUUAAAACUUAAAGGUUAAAUCCUGAUAAAAAAACAACAAAAAAACUUCAAGGUAAGUGUUUUGAAUAAGUGUGGAAAUGAAAUUUAAAUGUGCCUGAUAUUUUGGGUGUAGUGUUCUGUUAGUAUUCAACAAUUUUUAUCAUGUCAAUAGGAUGCUUAAUAUACAAGUUAUUUGGAGCUUACUCCCUUCUACCCAUCACAUCUCUAUAUAAAUAAAAUUGAUGCAGAGUGUGUGUAAGCUUUACAUUGUAUUUAAUAAUGGAGAGAUGCAAAUAAGAAGGUUUAGCUUACUGAUAGACAUUAACUUGCUGGCAAAUACUAGACCUAAAUCUAUACUAAGUAAUAUAAAAACAAAAAAAAACUUGUUUUCCUCCCGAACAAAUUGUAUUUUUUCUAUCUUACCCAGCUGUGUAUGAUAAAUACCUAUCUGAAAAAAUUAUAUUAACAUUAGUUGUAACAAUAGCUUUAGGUAACCUUUAAUUUUGUGAAUAAGAUCCACUUUUCAUUUACUUCUAUUAAU